GGAUCCUUUUCCUUGAAAGGGCUGUUGAUGCACAAUGACCCCCCCUUUUCCCCCGGAGGGAUGGUCGCGCAAUGCGGGAAGGGUCCUUGUGGUCGUCUUCAGGUGGGGGGCAACGGCUUGUCAGCAACCUCCAGCUCGCCACUAUUUCUUUUUGAACCUGACUUGCGGUGCUGUGCAUAACUUGUAACACUCCAGAAUUUCAAUUCGACUUGAACGGAAUAGUGAAGCCAACAAGCAUUCCCUGCCCUGUGCAACACUUUCCCACACACCACCUCGACUUAUCCCACUCCCAACAUCAAUCAUGGCAUUCGACCUCGAAGCCGCCAAGGCGCACCUCCGCGAAUACGGCUGGGCCAAGGUGCCCUCGGUGCUGACCAAGGACGAAGCCGCCGCGGCGCUCGAGAAGCUGUGGGAGGCCAAGCGCAAGGCCGAGGCGCGCGGCGAGGACACGUACCUGUCCUUCCUCGACCCGAACCCGUCCAACGUGCGCGUCUUCUACCUGAUGGAGCUCGACAAGGUCUUCCGGGACCUCAUCUCGCACCCGACGGCGGUCAGCAUGGUCAAGGCGGUGCUGGGAGACAACUUUCUGAUCAGCAACUUCACGGCCAACAUUGCCCGCCCGGGGAGCCAGAGCAUGGCGCUGCACUCGGACCAGAGCCUCGUGUUUCCGGACCCGUGGCAGGACGUCUGGGCGCUCAAUGUCAUCUGGUGCCUCACCGACGUGCGCAAGGAGAACGGCGCGACGCAGUACGUCCCCGGCAGCAACAAGUACGUGUACCGCAAGGAGGUGCCGGACAACGCGCCGGAGCUGCUGGUGCCGUUCGAGGGCGAGGCCGGCGACAUCAUAGUCAUGGACGGGCGGGUGUGGCACACCUCGGGCAGCAAUGUGACCAAGGACGAGGACCGGGCGCUGCUGUUUGGGUACUACACGGCGCCGUUCAUGCGGCAGCAGGUCAACUGGACGGCCAAGCUGCCCAAGGAGAUCCAGGACACGCUGGGCGAGGACAUGAAGGAGUGGCUGGGGCUGAAUCCCGUGGGCAAUAUCGGCGUGACGGGCGAUCUGCGGUACAUGUCGCAGCAGUACCCGAAUGGGAAGAAGGCCGAGGAGGUGGCAGCGGUGUAGAGGGAAGGCAUGGUAGCAACGGCGAUAAGAAUCAACAGCGAGGUGACCCUGUGGUGGGAACCCAGGACUUGUAGCGUAAGACGAUAAAUCAAUCAAAUUGCAGCCUCCCGCC